AUGAAACAACUGAAUCUGGACAUUAAGGCUGCGGGAACAACUAGAGUCACAGAAUUGCAUGAGCUCGACGAGUUCCGAUAUCAUGCUUUCGGGAGCACAAGGUUGUACAAGGAGAGAAUGAAGAAGUUGCAUGACAAGAACAUUGUUGAGAGAAAUUUCAAGCCUGGAGAUAUGGUGUUUCUCUAUAACUUAAGAUUAAGGCUAUUUCCGGGUAAACUUAGGUCACGAUGGUUUGGACCAUUUCGAGUGGUCGCAAUGCUCCCUUCAGGUGCCGUAGAGAUUGCUUCAGAGAAAGUCUCUCAUACAUUUAGACUCAAUGGGCAAAGAUUGAAACUAUAUGUGGGCAUGGAUGCAUCCACAGAAGUGUCAGUGAUUCAUCUGACUGAACCUCAGAGGUCGAGCGAGCCUUAA